UCUCCAGCACCCCAAGCCAGAAUAAUGUCCCCCUAAGUGAUGCUUUGGUCUCUGCGUCUCAGUCAAACUCCCCCUCCCCACCUUCGCAGGUGUGUCUCUAGUCACUGCAAAAAGCAACAGAGAGUCCUGUGGCACUUUAAAGACUAACAGAUGUAUUGGAGCAUAAGCUUUCGUGGGUGAAUGCCCACUUCGUCAGAUGCCUUUUUUCUAUUCACGCUGGUGCUCAGAGGAGGUUAAGUAGUUUGUGGAACUGGCCCUGCUGCUCUUUCUCUCUCCAGAAUCAAACCCAGUCUCUUAAUGACUCACAAAAGCCUCCUCCAGACUGGCAGAAAAAUCUCGAGGUGGGAAAUACAGGUUUCCUCUUCCAACAGAAGCCCAGAAAGGCAAGGAGCUGUGAGGUUGAGGCCCAAGGUGUGAGUUAUGGACCUACCCCGGUCAGCUUCCAAAUCAGUUCUUUGGAACGGGGAGGCUGGCGUUGCUGGCCGGGGACUGAAUAGGUGUAAUGAGGGCUGGAAAGGGAAGGAGGAAGCAAGCAACAAAGAGGGAAUUUGUGGAGGAAACUCAAAGAAGGAGAGGUUCAGGUGUCUGGACGCGAACUGGUUCCAGUAAGUGAAGAGAUUUCUGUCACAGUUCUUGAGGGAAUUGCACCUCUGACCCCUUCAUGGAGGCUGCCCUCUGAAAUCUCAGACCUCUAGCCAUCACCUUUCUUUGGUCAGCAUCCCGCAAUCUGUUCCCUCCAGACAGAGGACUCAAGCUGCAGUUCCUCCUGCUUCACUGUGAUUCUCUCAGCAGGUCUGACUUCAGUUUAGCACCCACACUUCUGUUCUCUCAGGGGACAAAAACAAAGUUAAACAGUGACCAGCCUGCUCUCAUAAAGCAAAGUAUUGUUUAUUUAGAUCAAUGGCAUUAUAGAGGAAGCAUAUCUUAAGGAAAAGAAAAAGUUUAUAGGCAUGCCUACCUUAUCAGGUGUCUCCUAUCUUCCCCAUGGAGACCCUGGCAGGUUCCAAAGUACUUCAAGUUCUGCACAGGAUCUGUGCCUCUUGGUCACAAUCUCAUGUCCAGUUGUGGAUCAAGGAUGACUGACUCUUUCCUGGAAGUGCGAUGCCUGACAACAUGGCCAUGAGAAUGGGGGAAAGUAGCUGCCCCACCAAAGGCAAGUCAGAGGCCGAAGAUGGCUCUGGUCGGGUGAUCACCAUUGUCUUCAUGGCACUCCUUAUAGACCUGCUGGGAUUCACUCUUAUUUUGCCACUCCUUCCUUCAAUCCUUGAGUAUUACAGCAAGAAUGAUGAUGGUUUCUAUCUAUCACUGCAGCAUGGCGUGGACUGGUUUGCUGCAGUGUUUGGGAUACCUCUGGAGAGGAAGUACAACACUGUCUUGUUUGGAGGUCUGAUUGGCUCCAUCUUUUCCAUCCUGCAGUUUUUUUCCUCUCCACUCACGGGCGCUGUAUCUGACUGCUUGGGGAGAAGGCCAAUCAUGUUGUUGACAAUGGUGGGGUUGAUAGCAUCAUAUGCACUCUGGGCUAUCUCUAGGAGUUUUGGUAUUUUUCUUCUCUCCAGAGUCCUAGGUGGAAUAAGUAAAGGGAAUGUUAGCCUGUCUACUGCUAUAAUUGCUGACCUGCACUCUCCAAAAGCUAGGAGCAAGGGCAUGGCAAUGAUUGGUGUUGCUUUCUCACUUGGAUUUACCGUCGGUCCUAUGAUUGGAGCUUACCUUGCCAUGGAAACAGGAAAAGGAGAAGUCUUCUAUCUUCGGUCAGCUUUGCUUGCGCUCAUGUUUGCUGUUGCUGACUUAAUUUUCAUCUUCUUCCUGCUUCCGGAGACACUCCCCAAAGAAAAACGGGUAUCCUCCAUGAUGUGUGGAUUUCAGGCAGGGAGUGACUUGCUUAGUCCGCUGGCUUUGUUUCAGUUCUCUGCAGUCACCAGAGGAAAGGACUCACCUUCGAGGGAGAACCUUCAGAAUCUCAAGGUCCUGGGCCUAGUUUAUUUCCUUUAUCUCUUCCUGUUUUCUGGUCUUGAAUACACAUUGAGUUUUCUCACCCAUCAGCGAUUCCAGUUCAGCAGUAUGCAGCAAGGCAAGAUGUUUUUCUUUAUUGGGAUGACAAUGGCUGUGAUCCAGGGAGGCUACACGCGCCGAAUCAGGCCAGGAUGUGAAAUCAAAGCCAUAAAAAGGGCUAUAAUGCUGUUGAUUCCAGCUUUCUUGUUAAUUGGAUGGGCUGGUAAUGUGACGGUGCUGAGUGCUGGACUGUUGCUGUAUUCUUUCGCUGCUGCCAUUGUUGUUCCCUGUUUGUCAGCAGUGGUGUCAGGCUAUGGCUCAGCCAGCCAGAAGGGAACAGUAAUGGGAAUUCUGAGGAGCCUGGGGGCCCUAGCAAGAGCUCUGGGACCAGUCUUGUCAGCAGCAGUUUAUUGGCUGGCAGGAGCUGAGGUUUGCUUCACUGUUUGUGCAGUUUUGUUCCUGCUUCCCCUCAUUCUUCUUGGUUACAUAAAGCAGCAAAGAAAGGAGGAAUAACCAAAGAGAGGCGCAACAUUAUGACUAGUACAGAACUACUCAUUUUCCAAGGGCCUGCUAAUGUGGUGGAGAGUCAGCUGUCAAGAAGCUAUUUAAAAUGGAACAAUACUGUGUUUUGAUUUACUGGAAGGCCAACUCAAAUUCCACUCGCCAGUAUACACACCAUUGUCACAAAAGUUGUUUUUUCUUACACACACCCAAUCCUCAAGGAGAUGGAAACCCAGCUAGUUAUUCUCUCCAGCAUUGCCUGUGAGCCAGUUUGACUAGUGUUGAGAUCAGAAGUAUCUGAUUCAAGUGUGUGUCAUUCAGCAAGUUGUAUUCCUGCUACAUAAAAUGGUGACAUCAUGCCAGCUACAUGGGCAGAAAAAGGUUGAAUUCAACAAACUGAGACUCAGUCGGCAACAGAAUUUCAUGCUUAAAUUACCUACAGUUCCCAGCCAGAUGCAGUAUGUAAAAAUGCCGUCAUUUCUCACAGAAUCAUGUGCACAGUAUGGUUUUUGCAUAUCCUUCCUGUACUCAUUUCAUUUUUAUCACUGGCUGCUCUUAGAGAACAUGAAUUAGCAGAGUUUUCAGGCAGCUACAUAGUGGGGAACUUGAUCAAGACCCAGCCACCUCAAUUGGUUCAUGGUGAGAAAAUACAACCCCUCCCCCAUUUUGUGAUCAUAGUGAGAUUAUUUUGUAUACCCUUUGCACAGCCUCCCUCAGUGGAAUUUGUUAGGGGCAGGUCUCUUUGGUAAAAUUUAUAUCAAGUGCCUUAAGCUGGUGGGGUUUUUUUUGUUGGAUGGGGGUUGGUAGCCUGAGUUUUGUAUGACCUGUGAGAAAGCCUUCUAUCAAUCUUGACUCCAUUUAUGAUCCCUUGGCAGAACAGUAGGAAUAAACAAGUGACCUAACUGUUAUAUUGGGUCGCGUUAGAGGUGUAUAUAACACUGGUUCACAUAUAACGCAGUACCAGCGGGGCUCCGGCGGUGCUUUAAAGGGUUUGGGGCUCCGGCUGCUGCAGGGAGCCCUGGGCCCUUUAAAUCACUGCCAGGGCCCU